AUGAAGAUGAACCUCAGCAGCAAAGACGAGAUACUUUCGUCGGCGAGAAUAGAUCCCGAAUUUGAGGAGUACCUCACUCGCAACGCUACUAUAUCGCUCCAAUCGUUAGAGCGAGCCGCUAUCUCACCUGAUGAAGGAGAACUCAUCGAAAUCGCGAUGCGGGACGGCUAUAGGAGCCAGAUCAUAGUUCACAAACCGACGGCCGCAUGUGACAAAACUCCGGGUCCCGCAAUUGUGCUUCUAUACGGAGGAGGUUUUACGGCGGGCGACAACACUCAGCUCAACCGCUAUGCAAGAGCCAUAAAUAAACUCUUUGGUGUUACCGCCAUAAACAUUUCAUAUCGCCUGGCUCCGGCAAAUACCUUCCCUAUUGCGCCAAAUGAUGCGUGGGAUAGCUUGAAGUGGAUUGCUGCGAACCAAAAGCCACUCAACAUUGACCUUGACGCCGGCUUCGUCAUUGGUGGUGUUUCUGCUGGAGCAAAUUUGUCAGCAGUCUGCUCUCAGAAAUGGCUGUCUGAGGAUUGCUCCCCUCCAAUCACAGGAACAUUACUUCUGAUUCCGUUGCUCCUGCGAGAAGAAAUUGUUCCAAAGGAAUACAAGCACCUUUGGUUGGCUGACGCGCAAAACGCUCAAGCUCCGUUCUUCAACGGCGCGAAUGUCGCCAAAGCAAUAGAUGCCUAUGAACCUGACCUCAACUCACCGGAUUUCUCGCCAUUCAACGCAAAUGGUGCACAUGUUGGACUACCUCGCACAUAUAUCUCAGUGUGCGGCUUGGACCCUUUGAGGGACGACGGCCUCAUAUAUUAUCAGGUAUUGCGGGAGUGUGGAGUGGAGACGAGGUUGGAUAUCUACCCAGGCGUGCCUCACGGACAUUUUAGAAUUCCGCAAUUAAAGUCCGCCCAGAAAUUCUUUAGGGACUUUCUUGAUGCUGUUGGUUGGACCCUAAUGGACGAGAGGGCUCCCGCGGAGGUUGACGAAGCCAUUUCUUCGCUUUCUUUCUAG